AUGCCGAAAAAAGGCAAAGGCAAAGGAAAAAAAGGUGGAAAAGGUAAAAAAGGCAAAAAAGGUAAAAAAACUAAAGAAAAAGAAGAAUCAGCUGUUAAAAUGGGUAUUCAUAAUUCAAAUUUAUGGGAAGCUCAACUCAAUCUGAUGGAUUUAUCACGAAAACAUUAUCGAGAUAUAGCUGGAACAUUAGCUAAUGAUAAUGAAAAAAUGCGUGAUCAAAUGCGUCUAACUGAAAAAGAUACAAUUGAUGUUGUAACUUUUCUAAAAAAACAAGAUGCUGAUAAAGAUGCUGAGAUAGAUCGUUUACAACAAAAUGUUAAAACUCUUAAAAUGAAUCAUCGGAAAGUUAAAGAUGAAUUAAUUCAUGAUUUUAGUCGAGAAAAACGUCAAUUAGAUGAAAAAUUAUCUCGAAGAGAAAGUGAACUUGAAAUAAUUCGUCAUGAACUUAAUCAAGUAAAAGAAUUUCGAAAGAAAAAAACACAAAUGCAAAAAGAACUUGAAGAAAUUAAAGAAGCAAUGGUUUCGAAUGAACGUGAACAUAAAGAUACAAUCGAAAAAUUAGAACAAAAAUUUUUUGAAGAAAAAAUGCGUUUACAACAAGAAUCAAAUAAAAAAAUUGAAGAAAUAGCUGCACGUGCACAAGAUGAAGCAUUAAAAAGUUUAAAUGAAACAAAUCGUAAUGUUUAUCAUGAAAAUGUUAAUUUGAUUGAUUCAUUACGUAUGUAUAAAGAAGAAUUAGAUGAUUUACAAAAAACAAAAGAACAAUUAUCAAGAUUAAUAGCAACAACAAGUAAUGAUAAAGAAUUAAAUGAAAUAUUAAUAAAAGAAAAAAUUGAACAAGUACAAAAACAAAAUUAUCUCAUCAAAGAAUUAAAAGAAAAAAUUCAAUUAUUAGAAACAUCAUUAACACAAUUUAUACAAGAAUUUGAUAUUGAAAGAAAAAAUAUUCUUGAACAAACACAUAUUAAACAUGAAUCAUUACGUAAUGAAAUAAUAAGAUUACAACGUACAUUAGAAUUAAAAACAAAAGAAAUGAAUAAAAUUAAAAAAUUAGCUAAAAUUAUUAUUGAACAACGUACAGAAUUAGAAACAUUCUUUUUGGAUGCAUUACAAUAUGUUAAAAAACAAAUUACUUUAAAUCGUUUACAAUAUCGUAAAGAUGCAUUUAAUGCUUAUCAAAAUCGAAUGUUAAAUGCUCAUCAUGGACAAGGAGAUUAUCCAAGAAUACGAACAUUUAAUGAGACAUAUCGUGGAUUUAGUACAAAUAGUGUUUUCCAUGAUUUAGAAGAAGCAACAAAAUGGUAAAUUUUCUUAUAAGACAUUAUAGAAAGGCUCAAGGGCCUAGAGAUAUCCAUCGCAACUAGAAAAUGUACAAGACCAAAGUUUAUUUAUAAAUCAUAUCCAUAAGAAGAUAAUUCAAGAGAGAUGAUCCUCAAAAGAGUUACUCAUCGACUAAAUAAAUCGGUGGACCAGAAUUUCGGUUCGCGUUCAAGAGAUUCGCGGAGAACUCUAAAAUCCGAUUAUGACUCCGACGAAGUCGGGUUGACUAAAAAAUUUUUCGCAAUCAAAAUUACAAUCACCUCUAAUGAAUUUUUGUUAUUUCAAAUAAUAAUAACUUUCUUUUUCAUAUUAAUCAACAAAAAAGAAAUAAAAAGCAACACAUAUUAACAAUGAGUAUCAAGACAAUAAACCUAAAAACAUAAUGACAUUAAUGAAAAUAUAUAUUUCAAUGUCACCCGAAGUAUUACAAUUCUCUUCAUCAUCAAUUUAAAAAGAAAUUCAAAAUGAUUCUUUAUCGACUAGGACUGUUAAAUUACUAUUACUGGUAAUAAGUAACAAUUUAUAAAAUUAUUACUUAUCGCUGGUAAUUAGUAAUAAUUUGCAAAAAUGAUAAAGUAUUAAAACUACUUAGGGCAUACCAAAAGUACUGGCAGUGACACUUUAAUACCC